AUUCGGCAACUUUGGUUUCUGCGCAACGCUGUGGUUAAACAAAACAUCGGGUGCGAGUUUUGAAUGAGUGUUGAUAUUGUGAUUAAGACUGGUUAAUGAAGUUUAUGAAACGGUGUCAUAAUGCCAACCUGGAAUCAAAUUCAGUCUCAACUUAGGAAUCCGAAUAAUCCUGUUGUGUUCUUUGACAUAAGUGUCGGGACAACGGAAAUAGGACGUAUGAUUCUUGAACUCUUCGCAGAUGUGGUGCCAAAAACGUGCGAAAAUUUCCGUGAGUUUUGUACUGGCGAAUAUCGAAGAGAUGGAGUGCCUCUGGGAUAUAAGGGUGCAAUAUUCCACAGAGUGAUAAAAGAUUUCAUGAUUCAGGGUGGGGACUUCGUAAACGGAGAUGGAACUGGUGUGAUGAGUGUAUAUGGUGGUGGCACUUUUCCUGACGAGAACUUCAAUCUGAAACAUGAUGCACCAGGACUUCUGUCUAUGGCAAACAGUGGAAAAGACACAAAUGGAUGUCAGUUUUUUAUUACAUGUGCCAAAUGUAAUUUCCUUGAUGGUAAACAUGUUGUUUUUGGUCGUGUGAUUGAUGGACUUCUAGUAAUGCGUAAGAUUGAAAAUGUCCCUACAGGCCCCAAUAAUAAACCAAAAAUACCUGUUGUAAUAUCACAAUGUGGGCAGAUGUAACUAUCAUUCCAUUUUAUGGUGGCCUGGUAAUUGUGGAUGACCAUAGCAAAUUUAGUGAAGUUUUUGAACUCCGGGCUGAAGACACUGGAAAGCAGUCUAUCAGACUUACCAAGGUGAUGGAGAACUGCUCUGUUGUCGUACGAUUCCAUCAGUAUUUGUGAGUUAAAUAAUAAACAUUGGUAUUCAUUCCA